AUGGUACCAGAAAAUUAUUCACGGAUUACAGAAUUUCUUCUUUGGGGAUUUUCUGAGGAACCAGAACUGCAACCCCUCAUUCUUGGGCUCUUCCUCUCCAUGUACUUGAUCACCCUGUUUAGAAACAUGCUCAUCAUUCUGGCCAUCACCUCGCACUCCAACCUCCACACACCCAUGUACUUCUUCCUCUCCAACCUGUCCUUUGCAGACAUCUGUUUCACUUCUACUACUGUCCCAAAGAUACUGUUUGACAUCCAAACACAGAGCAAAGUCAUAACUUAUGGAGACUGCAUCACACAAAUAUACUUCUUAAUGCUCUUUGGACUGUUGGACAACUUCCUUCUGACCAUGAUGGCCUAUGACCGUUUUGUGGCCAUCUGUCACCCCCUGCACUACACAGUCAUCAUGAACCCCCGGCUCUGUGGACUGCUGCUUCUGGUGUCCUGGAUCAUGAGUGCCCUGUCUUCCUUGUUACAAAGCUUAAUGGUGUUGCAACUAUCUUUCUGUACAGUCUUGGAAAUCCCCCACUUUUUCUGUGAACUCAAUCAGAUGAUCCAAAUUGCCUGUUCUGACACCUUUCUUAAUAACGUAAUGAUGUAUUUUUCAGUUGGACUGUUUGCUGGUAUUCCCUUUACUGGGAUCCUUUACUCUUACUUUAAGAUAGUUUCUUGCAUUCGUGGAAUGUCAUCAGCUCAGGGGAAGUAUAAAGCAUUUUCUACUUGUGUGUCUCACCUCUCUGUUGUCUUUUUAUUUUAUUGUACAGGUCUAGGAGUGUACCUCAGCUCUGCCUCUACCCACAGCACACACUCAAGUGCAAUAGCCUCAGUGAUAUACACAGUGGUCACACCUAUGUUGAAUCCCUUCAUCUACAGUCUCAGGAACAAAGACAUAAAGGGGGCUUUGAAAAAAUUCUAUGCGAUGGCAGCUAUAAAAGGACCAACUGUUUUAGGGCUGAAGAACUCCCUGGGACUGAAAGACUAA